CGGUCACUCUCUUGGCUCUCGCGUGGGAUGUUCAGUUACCAUGUUGGUGCGCGCCGGCUGAACGCUGCGCUCGUGUGUGUAACUCCGCUCUGUCCCGGGAUGAGACUUCACGAUCAGCUGCUGUGAGGUCCACAGUAAAAGCACGCGGGGACACGUCGUGCACACCUGCGGCUGGAUGGAGGGACUCGCGCCGCAGCCGCUGUCGCCGCACUCCACCGAUUAUUACUUCACCUCCUCUCGUGGUCCACGGGGGAGCGCGCUUGUAAGCUGAUUUAACCCGGGGGAUGUGAAUACCUCUCCGGGAUUAGUAUCGGGUGAACGACAAUGCCCCGCGUCUCGGUCCGGCACUCCCGGCUAUUGUUGGUGCGGCGGCGGACGCACGGUGCCCGGUCUCGCCCGGUUCAUCUCCAGUAAGCUGUUCCAGCUCCUGCGCCUCCCUCCCCUCGCUGCUUCGCUCAGGUCGCCCUCCCGGUGUGGAUAGGAUAAUAUGACUUCCUGGCUCCGCGUAUACGGCAGCGUCCCUCUGUGUCUCGUGCUCUGCUGCUCGGUGGUCGCUGUCUGCGCAGGAGCCUCCAGCGCUGGUGACAGUGUGUGUUGGUCUCCUAGUGUCGCUUCUUGUACAGAGUGUCUCAGACGUGGACCACAGUGCGCCUGGUGCUUCAAGGAGGACUUUCUGGAUGGGGCGGGGCCAAACCAGCGCUGCGACCUGCCAGUGAAGCUGCUCAGGAGAGGCUGUGGACCGGAGUUCAUGGAGCAAGCAGAGAUCAAGGUGGAGGUCAACACCACUGUCAGCAGCACACAAGUGUCCCCACGAGACAUCAGUGUCACCCUCAGACCAGGCUCAGAGGCCAGCGUCGUGGUGGCCGUGAAGCAGCUGGAGCGUUAUCCUGUGGAUUUGUACUAUCUGGUUGAUGUGUCAGCAUCUAUGCAGGAAAACCUUGAUCAUCUAAAGACAGUGGGCGUGGCGCUGUCUCUUCGUAUGACGGAGCACUCCUCGGACCUUUGGCUGGGUUUCGGCUCGUUUGUGGACAAACCUGUCUCCCCUUAUAUCAAUGUCCAUCCCUCAAAGAUCAACAACCCCUGCAGUGAUUAUGAGAUCCGCUGUCGUCCUGCCCACGGCUUCCACCACGUCCUCAGUAUGACUGGAAAUAUGAGUGAGUUCACGCGUGUAAUCAAACGCCAGCGCAUCUCCGGAAACAUGGACACACCUGAGGGAGGACUGGAUGCUAUGUUGCAAGCUGCUGUAUGCCAGAGAUCAGUGGGUUGGCGAGCAGAGGCCAAGCGUCUGCUGCUCCUUAUGACCGACCAGCCGUCUCAUCUUGCCCUAGACAGUCGGCUGGCAGGAAUUGUGACACCACAUGACGGCCUGUGUCACCUGGAAAACAAUGUCUACACGGGGAGCACAAGGAUGGAUCAUCCCAGUGUGGGUCAGUUGUCUGAUAAGCUGCUUGAAAACCAUAUUUACUCCAUCUUUGCUGUGGAAAAACAGCAGUACCAGUGGUACGAGGAGUUGGUACGUUUGCUGCCUGGCUCUUUCCUGGGAAAGUUAGGCCUCUUCCAGGCUCCAAACCUAAUUGAGCUGGUGGUGGAUGCAUACAAGAGGUUAUUGUCAGAGGUGGCAGUAUCAGUGUCAGUGGAGGACAAGGCAGUCAGCAGGUACUGGGUGUCUGUGUCUCCUCUCUGUCCCAAUGGAUCCACAGCAAAGGACCAGAGCUGCUCGGGGGUGCAGCCAGACCAGACGGUGUACUUCAAUAUCACCAUUGGAAUGCGCUCUUGUCCCGACGACGGUGAAGAUGAAGAUGUAACAGUGCUGGUUCGACCUGUGGGAUACAACGAAUCCACAGUCGUUAGGAUCCACUCAAAGUGCCGCUGCAGUUGUGGACCAACGAGGCGCUGCAGUGAUGACAGCCAAUUGCCAUGUAGAGGAACACAGGACAGCUCCAGUCAGGAGCAGAGGCUGAAUCACGGACUAAUGAAGUACUCAGACGGAGAUUCAAACUGGAAUUGCAGAGCGCAGGGGUCCGAUGUGGACUGCAGUGGUCGGGGAGUGUGUGAGUGUGGGAGGUGUGUGUGUGACCAGACCAGGCUGGGGACAGUAUACGGGAAAUACUGCGAGAUAGAUGACUUUUCCUGCCCAUACGAAGGGGGACAGCUGUGUGGGGGGCGUGGUGUGUGUGUGUCAGGUGAGUGUGUGUGCGAGGACGGCUGGACAGGUGAUAGCUGUGCUUGUCCCAUCUCCACUGCAACCUGCCAAUCAGCCAACGGCUUGCUUUGCAGCGGGCAGGGCAAAUGUGUGUGUGGAAAGUGUGUGUGCGACGACCCCCGAAGCUCUGGAGACUUCUGUGAGCAAUGUCCUGCUUGCCAAAGCACCUGCCAAUCAUACUGGAAGUGUGUAGGCUGCCACCUGUCUCAUGGUCUCACACAAAAAGAGGCGGGACUCUGCAACAACACCUGCGCCCCACUGGUGGGCUACACAGAUGACGUAUCAGGCCAAGCAGGAGCAAAGUGGAUUCAGUGUAUGUACAUCAGCAAAGACAGCUGUCGCUAUCGCUUUCAGACAAGCUCAGAGUCUGGUCAGACCCAGUUGCACAUAAGCACAAGACCAGACUGUGCCAGCAGCAGUCGGCUGGUUGGAACAUUUCUGAGUGUGUGUGCUCUAACGGUGCUGUGCGGGCUGGUGGUGGUGGCUGUGUCCCGCCUGCUGCUACAGAAGAGAGACUUGACACCAGGGGGCACUGCUGAGGACAGAGGCUAUCACUGCACUGGAAAGGACCUGUCAUACAUCCCAACAAGCAAUGAGAAGACAGUUACCUACAGGAGGGACCGGCCCCCUGACCGGCCCGUGGAGAUGCACAUCCAGGUUCCCAAGAUGGCCCUCGGUGAAGCCUGGCAGUGCUAGGCAAAAGUCAAAGGUCAGAGGGAUAUCAAUAUAGAAGGAGAGUCAACUAAAGGCUUUUUCUUGCCUCUAAACCUUCAUACAACUACAACUAGCUGCAUGUGGAGACUCUGAUCAUGAUAACUAAACUAUGAAACCUCCAUGGGAUCACAUUUUGAAAAUAUGACCAAACUCUCAUCGACUGUGUGACUAAUGAGGCCAGUAUCCUGGAAGUCAAGAUGAAACAAAGAGCACAUGUUCCCCACCUGUUUUUCCUUUGUAGCAGCUUCUUCUACAAGGUAAAGGGUGAUCAUUCCUCACUUUUUAGCCAUGCAGCAAUUACUGCUCUAACUUAUGUGAGUGUGCGUGUGUGUGUGUGAGAGAGAGAGAGAGAGAUCGGUGCAGGUAGAUGCAUUUAUGCUCUACCUAGGCUUUCUAUUUAUGAUUUCAUAUUAAAAACACUACAUGUUUUAGGUUAAUGUGACUAUGUGGCACUCCAUUGCUCCAACUGAACUCUCUCCCUGUCUUAGUCUGCCCCCUUGUGACCAGCUUGAGGUACGCCAUUUUUUUCUCCAAAAAAACUGUCAACACAUUAUAGACCUCAGCUGUUCUGCCUUGGGAUAUAAUUCAUGAAGCACACCAGUGACUCUGUAUGCCUUUUUUGUUUCUCAAUUUGAUCAGAUUUUCAGUUGUUUUUGGCAUACCCUGUCUUUUAGUUUCUUUGUUGUUUUAUUUUGUUUUCGUUAUCUGCAAUUAGUGUUACUUUCUGACAUUUUUCUAUCAUGAUAAGUGAUAGUAUAGUUUUAUGUGAUUGUCAGUCUUUGAUGAUCUGGUUAGACUUGCACUAAAACAAUUGUUUUUGCAUUAUACUACUGAAAACUGUGGGAUUUGGGGGGCAGGAGAGCUGUGAUGUGGGUUUGAAUCGAUUAGUUUGCUAAAUGUUGGGCAUUAGAGGGCAUCAGUCUACGCAUUAAGUGCAUUUGAAGCUAAUGUAACAAAUCCGCAACACUGGAAUAACUAUGGAAUGAAAAAUCUAUUUAAAAAAGCGACAUACUGACAAGUAAUGGCAACGGCAUCAUUAAUAAACGCCAACACAUGUAGCCUCAGAAACAGAAAGAGCACCAGAACUAUGUCUGCAUGCAUCUGCUGAUCAUCCCAAAGCCAUUACUGAUGAGUGGGCAGAGGCACAAAUCAGCUCUGAAGGUACUGAGGUGGGAGGUGGAAUUACACCCCUCAUGCACUAUCCUAAGGAUCCAGAGUUUCAGUUGCAUGGCAUCUUGUAAGACUUUGCCCAAUCCUGUUCCUCUUUUUGAAUUCUAUUUAACACAAUGUUGUUUACAGCAAUAGCUGCUCUCUUUUACUGUAAGUCAGGAACACUAAUUAUUAUUUAUUGUGAUUUUUUUCCCUUUUUAUUUAUGUUCAUUGUACUAUUUUAUGAGAAGGGUACGUGGGUUGCAGGUAGUUUGUGUUCAUGAAGAGCAGUCUCUAUCUCUAACCAUGAGAAUAAUUCAGCAAUAAGGUUAUAAUCAUCUCAUCUAACCGGGCAAUGAGUCCAGAGUAACAACAGCACUUUUCUGUGUAGUUUUGCUGUCAAUUAAUGUGACUAGUUGUGUAGCAUGAAUAUUUUCAUCACAAUAAAAUGUGCAAGACUUUUUUUAUUUGAA